UUUUCUCUCGCCGCGUCAGUUACACGGUCGUAUUUGACGGCGGGACCAGCGCAGAGCAGCGGUAGCUAUGGCUAAAAGUGAUGGACGCGAUUACUUUAGAAGAACCAGCCUGCUUUGGAUUGUCACCGUGACACUCGCGGUGGGAUAUUUUACUUGCAUCGUGUUUGCGCCAGAAAAAAUCCCAUUUGAGAACCUUGGUGUAUAUGGCAGCUUCUGCAGAUACCUUGUGGAUAAUCAUGCGGACCUUAUGUACAAAGGGUGGUGGGCGGCCUUGGCUAUUCAUGUCCUUGAGGCCUUUACUGCAUUGAAGGUGUGCAGUAACAAAGGUAUCAACAGCACGGCCACUCGCUGCCUGUGGUUUGUCCAGACCUUUCUGUUUGGCUUCGCCUCCCUCGGCCUGCUCCUCAAGUACGACCCCGAGCGCCCCAAACAGCACUGACUCCCGCAGCAGAAGCCUACAGAAGAAGACUGCAUAAGCGGAAUUUCGAAAAUCAAUUGCCUCCUUGAGCCUCUUCUUCUUCCACUGUCUUUCUCUGUUGAUAUGAAAUCCUGCUGAGGGGGCAAGUAAUGGAGGAAGACCCUUGACCCCUUUUCUUUCAGUUCUUUUACCACAAAAGAAUUUAAUGGGAGACAUAACUUUGAUACAUUGAAAUGAUCUCUUACUUGAUUUAUACUGUUUCUUACGAUUUUAUGAUGGACUGACAUUUCUGUUUCAUUCCAUAGACUUUCUAUAAACAAAGGUGAAAGAGGGCUGUAGUACUUUACAGGUAAUAUCUUAAGGUUUUUACUGACAAUAGUAUUAACAGAAGUAAUUAACUCAUCAUAGCUCUCUUGAUGAAUCUGCCCUGAGUAUGAAUAUUUAGUGCAAUAUGGGGGGACCUUUUCUGCAAUUGAUUUGAACUCUCACGAUGUUUACAUUCAGCCUGGAUGGUGGCAGGAGGGAUAUUUUUUCAGCUGCUGUGAGGAGCAUAAUAUCACACAGGUUGGCUGCAGAUGAUGAGCUGCCACCUGCCCCAGAAAUCCUCCAGGAUAAAGAGCGCUGCUGUAUGCAUGUCUUAAACUCACGUUUGCCUUCCUUAUACUGAGGUGCUUUGAGUUCUUAAACCACAGACUGAUGGUUCUUAAUAAUAACACUGCAAAAUAAAAAAGUGACUGACAAACUG